UCAUCCAACAACGCUCCCUCUUGUUCGACCAAACCCAUUCAUUCAUUUUCUUGGACCCUUGAGCAGUGCUCGACCAACUAUCAGUCCUACCAAUUCAUUCCUUCAAAGAAGACUGUUUCGAGGCUCAUCCAAACUACCAACCAACGGAUUCAUCCCGUCUUGUCGCACACAAGUGCAUCAAGCACAUACCAAGACCUGCUCCGAGCUCCCAUCGACAACCUUGAACCCAACCAGGCUUCCCACGCUGUAGCAAGCACAAUCCCUGAUCGAGAGGCUUAG